GGCGUCCCGCAUUAUCCUUGUCCGCGGCUGGAGUCGCGCUCGGGAUGGAAGGACGAAAAGGUCCCCGCGUGUUUCUGGAGAGAGCGGCAGAGGAAUGGCAGCGUCACGCCGUCACCAAACCCUUACCACAUAUUCCCGGUCUGCAGACUCCCUUCACUCCACUAGCUUCACGAGGCAUCGGGUCGGAGCGCUAAGUUUGAGGUGAACUGGUGGCAACUGCGUGCUCCAAGCUUGAAGGGUUUCGGGAAGAUUAGGGUCAGGACUUUGAAGAGCUCUGCCGACAUGACUAGGAUUUGGCAAGGAAAAUUGAAGCGGAAGGACCUGGAGGAGGUGUACGAUGAUUUUGCAGAGUUUUCACUCUCCUCCCCUUCUAGAAAGAUCAGAAGAUUGGAUGCCGAUCUGCCACCGAUUCUGGAACAGGGUGAGCCAACAUCGACAUCCACAUGCAACCAGCCGUUUCAGCAAGAGGAAAGUAGUGCUAGUUCAAGUGAAAUGCCUACAGCAAGUGUGGCCAUGCAUGUGCACCCAUUUGAUAAUGAGAGAGCUCUUGUGCUUUACAAGCCUGUGGAAAUGUCAUUGAUGUUGUCCCCUGAGCCAACUAGCUUUUCUCUGCAAAUCAACCCAAGCUUUAUGGAUGGACUGAAUCAUGUCUUCAAGCCAAGAAAUCUAGAUUCUAAGAAUAAGGAUCAACCAGAAGGAACACAGAACAACUGCUUUGCGGUUAUUCCAUGGAUACCAUCUCAAGUAUCUUCUGCAAGUGGAACUGAAGGAUAUGUGUCAGGGAGCGAGUUAACACAGGAGCAAAAAGAGGCUGAAGAUGAUGAAGUUGCUUUCAUGGAAAUUGAAGAAGAUAGGCAGCAAGCCACGAGUGGUGGACUAGGCAGUGAGGGUUUCCAUCAGCAGCAGCAACAGCAUUGCUUGAAUGCUCAGCUCCUACCCAAGUCAUCAAAUUCUGUGAUGUGGUCGUGGUGAUAAGGAUCUUUCACAAUGAAGGAUGAUCCAAGUUUUUUUCCUACUGAAUGCCAAAUAGAGCUUGCUGUAUUUUGCUUCUCCUGCACAUUCUCUAAAAACGGAUGAUUUGAUUUGCCACCAGAAUUCGUAGUCCUGUGGCUGUGGAAUCAUCAACCCUUUCGUCUACUUUUGUCGUACUAUGAAAGCUUAUUUUCUUUUCAUGCCACUUUUGUAGUUAUUGAA